GGCGGCUGGGCCCCGUGUGUCCCGCCGGAUCCCGGCCUCGCCGGCUGGGGUCGGAGGGAGGCUCCAGCCCCCAGGACGCGGCGCCGACGGCACGGGCUCGAUCUCGUCUCCAGGAAUGGAGACUCCACUGGAUGUUUUGUCAAGAGCAGCAUCCCUUGUUCAUGCUGACGAUGAAAAACGUGAAGCUGCUCUAAGAGGCGAACCCAGAAUGCAGACCCUUCCCGUGUCCCCUGCUCUCACCAACCACCGGACAGGCCCUCCUCCCAUCAGCCCCAGCAAGAGGAAAUUCAGCAUGGAGCAAGGGGACGAUGAGCUAGACUGUGAAAAUGACCAUGUUUCCAAAAUGAGUCGCAUCUUCAAUUCCCACCUAACCAAGACUGCUAAUGGGGAUUGCCGAAAAGACCAUCGGGAGAGGAGCCGCAGCCCCAUUGAGCGUGCUGCUGCUCCGACCGUGAGCCUGCACACCAAUCACAUAUACACCUCGAUCCCCAGCCUGACCAUGGAGCAACCUCUCGCACUGACCAAAAACAGCCUGGAUGCCAGCAGGACGGUGGGCAUCUCCCCCACACUGACCUCUGUGGAGCGGCAGCAGAACCGCCCGUCAGUAAUCACCUGCGCCUCAGCAAGCAACCGCAACUGUAACCUCUCUCACUGUCCCAUUGCUCACAGCGGCUGCGCCUCAGCCAUGCCAGCCCACUAUCGGAGACCCCCAAGCACUACCACUGCCUGUGAUCCGGUGGUGGAGGAGCAUUUCCGCAGAAGCCUUGGCAAGAACUACAAGGAGCCAGAGCCCGUGGCAAACUCUGUGUCCAUCACGGGCUCAGUGGAUGACCACUUUGCCAAAGCACUAGGGGAUACGUGGCUGCAGAUCAAGGCCGCCAAGGAUGGGGCAUCCAGCAGUCCGGAGUCGGCCUCCAGGAGGGGCCAGUCUUCCAGCCCUUCUUCCCACAUGGUCAAUCACAACCACUCCCCCUCUGUUGUCUCUUGAAGAGGACCACCAAGCCGUUGUCAGAGAACAAGUGAAUUUGCAUGGUUUGCCUGAGCUUUGAACAGUCAGUGCUUAAAAUGGAGAAUAGCGUGGGGGAGGGAGGGAAGUUUUCAUCAUAUGUUGUGGGUUUUCUUUUCUUUCUUUUUGUUUUUUGUUCUUUCGUAUUCGCUUGGUAUUUGUACAAGGGUGCCCUCAAACAUGAUAGCAGGAACUAUUAAACAUUUGUCUAAUGUAGCAUCCUUACUUCCUGCCUCAGUUACCAAAGAAACCUCUGAUGCAAAUCUGCUGCCCCUUUAAAGUUACUAAAGCCGAGACAUGCGCUCAUUCACAAAAAAAGCCAUUUCAACGGUGGGUUGACCCAAAUGCUUUGUGCUUUUUAUUAGCUUCUUGAGAGUAGGAUUCGUGUGGUUUCUUCCAUGGCUUUUUCUGUUCAGUAACUUUGUAUGUGUAUACUUGAAAAGCACGGUCAUGUCUGAUUUGCACUAUUGGAGGAGGAGGAGGAGGAAGGUUGCAUCGCAGCUUGGGGCAAGACGCUAGCAUUCUGAGGGCAAACUGCUGAAGAAGCUUCUGUCCAUUUGGGUGGGACUUCUUUUAGGCAAAAAAGCUUUGGCAGGGGAAGUCUCAUACAGGUUAUAGGCCUUUCUCUCUUUAGAUUGCAGUGCUUCGUGCUUGCAAAUGGAUUGACUGCAGGCUCAACCGACCCCCAGCCAUUUGGAGCUGAGGUGGGAGGGGUCAAUAGUGCUUAAAAAAAUGCAUGUUUUAUGGAAAAAAAUAGCUGGUAUCUAUUAAUGUAUAGACAGUAAGAAACAUAAUACUUAAUAGCUUCUCUUCAGAACUAGUUUAUUUUUGUCAGUAACAGUCCUAGAUAUACUUACUGCUGGAACAGUUGUACUCUGAUAUUUGUAUUUGAUAUUCACUUGCCUCUCAGCCAGCACAGAGGAUUGCCUCCGGUCAGGCCUCGUAACGAAGCAGUUAACUAUAUGAUAAUCCGUGGUACAGGAUGCUAGAGCUUUUGUCCAGUGCUGAUUUUAAUCAUGUAUUUUUGCCUCACCAUCUGCUUGACACAAAAUCACUUCCUAAGGGUUCAGGAUUGAUGAACUCAAACUUCCGUAGAUGCCGAAACUGCUCAACUGCUCCCUUUCACUUUCUUGGCUGAACAACAGAUUAUUUACAGUCUGGGAAAUGAUAUUUUAUGCUAACUCGGAAGCCUGGGCCGAGGCAGUGUACAUUCCUCCGUUAGAGAACUUUAUACAGGUAUUACUGCAUUAUUAUCCUGCGCUAUACGAAUAGCUACUAAAUAGAAAUUAAGGAGCGAGGCACAACAGCGUCUCAUCUUUUUUGGUUCAAUGCAACAUGUCCCGUUCUCUCCCCCCCCCCCCCCAUACACACACACACACACACACCCCACCCCACACACCCCCUGCCCACUUUCACUAUCCCUUCCACCUCUCCCCUGCCCUGACCUUCCUUCUGGCCCUAAUACAUUCCAGCCUCCCAGAACCCUUUGUUCCAGUUCCAGCCAAGGUUUGUGUGUCCUGGGUCACCUGCCCAGCCUGGCUCCGCAGGGAAAGCCAGAGCUGGGUUCUGACCCGUGUUACAGUAUUGGGUCCAUUGUGCCUUGUACUGUAUGUCUUGAACUUGAUAAAAAUUAAACGGAAGGUAAUUGAUUUCAGUAGAAAGAAGGGGCAGGGUGGAAAAGAUUUCAGAAUUGGCUAUUGCUCGGAGUUUGGGGCCGGCUGCCGAGUUUCAAACCCCGACUAGAAGCACAUGUGAAAGUUGUCAUGUGUUCCCCCGCCCCCUCCCCAUCCCCUCCCCUUAUUCCACUCUCCUGCCAUCCUGCUUCAUUGCUUUGGCAUUCAGCCCCCCCCAACUCUGGAGGAAUCUUGUGAGAACACUUUUUUUAUUUAGGUAACUUUAAGACCAUCGUUACGCUGUGCGUAAAGAAUGUACAGAGAAAUUUGUAGGUAUUUUUUGAGGAACAAUUAAUUUGUUAAUGAUAUGUAGCUAUUUAAUUUUUUCCCUUUCCUUUAUUGUAAUCAUUCAUUUUUUUUUUUUGUUUGGAGAAAAAAGUUGAUCUUUUUUUGUUGUUGAUUUGUCUGUAAUACAGUAAAAGUGCAGGAACACAGUUAGUCGACGAGAACACUGCAUUCGCAUUAAUAGCCACUAGUUUGUUAUUGCUGCAAGCUACUGAGCGUCGUAACCGGAAAUACUAACACUGUAGAUGGGGCUCUGUGGACACGGGACUCCCAGGCCGUCUCCACGGUCCAAUGUGGAGGAAGCUGACAGUGUCGGCGAGGCAGGCCCCCUCCCCGCAACCCCUACCACCCCCCUCCCCAGGGCAGCAACGCUUACUUAUCUGGGAUAGGUAACCGGAGGGGGGGUGUCGGGGGGAGGGUGUCCCAAAGUCAAAGGCUUUCAACUGGAGGUGGUCUGA